AUGUCAGCUUUGAAUAUCUUUGAACGUGGCGUACAAGAUCCCUGCUCUCAAGCCUGCGAUUACGAAGAUGAAGAAGCUUUCAGUUACCAGUUAAAUGAUUCAAAUCGUAGUAAUUUACAUACAAAUAAUAAUAGUACAACAACUGUAAUAGCUUCAGUGGAUGAUUUUAACCGUCCACCCUCUGUUGAAUCAGUUGAUAUUCCAACUUCUCCUAAAAACAAUAGCAAUCAUUUUGGUAUCGACAACAAGCAUCCUUCAAACCAUAUAGCAUUAUCAAGGAAUUCUAUAUUUAAUGAAGAUUUCUUGAAAAUUACGUGUACAACAAAUUCAAAAAAUGGUAACAACAUAAGUAAUUAUCAAAAGAAUAUCCCAACGAAUUUUCAUGAUAGUAAUAUUGAUUCAUUAAGAAAGAUACAAACAUUCCCAAAUCAUAUACCUCAAGAUAAAUAUGAUAAGCAUUCAAAUAAUAGCAUUAAUUACAAACAUUUCGCACAACCACAACCAAGACUCGUAAGAUCAAAGACAAAUGCUUUCGAAAGUCAAAAGGGUCCAGCAAGAUCUACCACUCCCUUUAAGAGAACGAGAACAAACAGCUGUGCUUUCAUUCAUCAAUUAUCAAGAAAACCAUCCAAAUCACAACUGCAUCCUGACGUUAUGGUAUGGGAAGAAUCAACUGACAUCAAAAGACAUCCCGCAUUACAGAUGCGUGCAAAUUCAUUAGUGCCAAUAACAACAAGUACCAUCGAUUGUAAUAAUAUUAAUAAUACUUCAAACACUACUACUACUAAUAAUAAUAAUAACAAUAUCAAUAUCUCGGAUAAUAGUAAGAGCAACCAUCAUUCGAGACAAAAUUCUAAUAUUCCUUCCCCAUUAACCAGACGUUCAUCCUGCUACGCCAUUCCAAGUCAUGUUUAUGGUCUUGAAAAAUAUGUUAAUUGCGCCCUAGAUGAAUUAUCCACCUCUGAGAACAAUAAUUUAAAGAAGCAAUUUAAUUGCAAUAAUGAUAAUAUUAACGAUAAUAUUAAUGAUAAUGACUUAACUAAUGACAACAUGACAAAUACCACCGAAAAUUUACUCUCAAAAACCCCAAGUGUAUCAAGUCCCCUGAACGUUGAUGAAAGUUUUGACAACGUCUCCUUAAACUCUUCAAGAACAUCAUCUUCCUCAUCUUUAUCAGAUACAUUGAAUAUGGUAGCAAUUCCAAAGUUGAAGAAAGAGCGUUCACAGAAUCAAGCCCAGGUGAGACCUCCGUUCUUGAACUUUCAGAAUAGAAGAACUUCGUUCAUUAAAAACUCCUUGGCAAAUUCUUUUGCUAAUUAA